UCAGACAAUCAAUUACUGAAAAAUAUGAAGUGAUUGAUGGGGUAAAUUUUGGGUACAUUUUUUACCAUUAAAAUGUUUCCGGAUGUGCGUCAGUGGUGCAAUGCAUAAUUUCGGUAACCUGUAUCGUCUAGUAGAAACUAAUGAGGUUCCAUGGUUUCCUAGCGAUACAAUUCAAAACCUGAGGCGGCCAGUCUUAACACCCGUGGUUUAUAGACCAAAUAUCCAGCAAACCUUACAACGAAUAAACUUUACAUUCCAUAGAUCUUGCAGCAUUUCUAAUUUGAUACAAGAAUGUAAUUUAGCCGAGGGGCAGACGCUCCUUAUCUUCAGGGGAUCCAGGAGUUCAGACAGCCGGGUGACCAUGAGCAUGUCCGUGUCUAGCUGUUCGUCACUUCAGAUGCCACCAAGCGCAAACAUUCUCAAUUCAACUGUUAACCGCGACAAGGACUUCCGUACCACUGCUCAACAGACUGACAUCAGCUGUCGCUCUCCGGAAAUAGGCUCCCCAGUACAUCUGACAGAACGCGAUGAGCAGCGACUAAUCCGCGAGCGCAUUGCUGAUUCCCUGACGUUCUCCUCUCCCGCGUCUUCGUUACUGCAGCCUACUAGGCGCUCUCUGUCCAUCCUUGGUUCGGUCUGUGCUCUGCUGCUUAAGAAGCAGGCUUCCGGCGCAAAAGAGGUGCCGAGCGUGACCGGCAGCCAGCGCUCGGAGCACAUCUGCCGCAUCUGCUUCGGCGGCGCUUCGACGGAGCGGCUGGUGCGGCCGUGCUCGUGCCGCGGCACUAUCGCCGCCGUGCACCGCAGCUGCCUGGAGCGCUGGCUGCUGCAGGCCGCGGCGUCGUACUGCGAGCUGUGCCGGCACCACUACGUCGUCACGCGCAGCCACAAGUGGUCCUGGGCGCGCUCGCUGCUGGAGUGGGCGCGCUCGGGGCGCGGGCGCGCGCUGGCGGCGGACGCGUGGCGCGGCGCGGCGCUGGGCGCGGCGUCGGUGCUGGGCACGGCUCGCGCGCUGCACGCGUGCGACGCGGCGCUGCAGGCCGGCGCGCGGCGCGGCGGCGGCGUGGCACUCGCCGCCAACCUGUUCUCGUCGCUGCUCAUCGGCAUCAUCGGUGCCCUGAACGGCCUGCUGACCACCUGGAUGCUCCUCAAGAUUCAGGAGCACCAGAUGUCGUGGCGCGCGUGGCGGGACAGCACGCUGCACGUGCACGUGGCGCUGGGGGACACCACGCCCACCCAGAGCGCCGCCUCACUGGCCACCGUGGUCGGGGAUUCGCCCUUCUCUACGGCAGACAGAUCCACUAACAUUACCGAUCCUUUUAUGGUUGCACUACCCUACACAUUCCCGGAACCUUGACAAAUUUGUCAGUCAAUCUAAAAGCUAAACCUACAUAUAGAAAAUUUCAGUGAGUUACUUUAGCUUUAGGUAAGUUCCAUGACAGACUAAACUAGUAAAAUUAAAAGAAAGGACUGGACCAAAGGAAUUAUUAAGUGCAAGAAGUUAUUAGAAUUAUUAAGCUUAGGUUCCUAAGAGUUGAGACCUAAUCGCUGUGUGUUGGUAUUAACAAAGAGUUAAUCCUUCAAUUUCAAUUUGAAAUAUUGUGGGAGCACUAUUGUGUGGACAUAAGACUAAACAAUGUCCCAAAUGUUUGUAUAUCUGAUUAUAUCAACGGGCGCCUUCAUAGUGCUAUUGUUUGCGGUAGUGCUCGCUCAGCACUUUACAAGGACGAUUGCAGCCCUUUGUUAGCAUUUAAACAAAAAUUUUAUUUAAACCAGAAUUCCAGAAUGUACAUUACUUUCUUAGUGAGCUCAUUCACUUGUUACUAGACCUCGUAAAGGCCAGCCAACAUGUUCAGACGAACCAGAGUUCUUAUUCUUGUACCGAUUGACACUGAACAGUGUGUAAUUGAAAAUGUUGUUGUACGCUCGCAAUCUGUCUAAGGCAAGUUGUUUUGAA